AAACUGAAGGACGAUUUGGAAAUGUUGGUACAACGCUUAAGUGAAUCAGAUGCAUCACUGUACCAGCCGACUCUGGAAACAAUGCGAAGCAUCAUUCGUGCUUCAACAACAUCAAUGACAUCUGUACCAAAGCCACUGAAAUUUUUGCGUCCUCAUUAUGUUACAAUGAAAGAAAUACACAAGAAAAUGGAGGAAGGUUCAACAAAAAAACUUUGUGCGGACAUCUUAUCAGUAUUGGCAAUGACUUCAGAUGAUAAAAAUGACUGCAUAAAUUAUCGCAUGUUAGGUAAACAUGAACCAAUAGGCGAUUGGGGACAUGAAUACGUGAGACAUCUCUCGAUGGAAAUGGCAGAGGAAUGGCGUUCUUGUUGUGAUGGCAGUGAUGCUCAUAAUGAACGUCGUAAACAGUUGUUGUCCUUAACCAGGGAAAUAGUAGUACAUAACAUGAAGCAUAAUGCAGAGGUUGAAGCCUGCGACUUACUUAUAGAGAUUGAAGGACUUCAUUUACUGCCGGAGUAUGUGGAAGAAGUUGAUCAUGGUCGAGUUUGUUUGUACUUACUGAGUUGCUCACCACUGAUGCCUGAUCCGGAUAAUGAGAUAUUAAUAAAGACAGCACUGAACAUUUAUCGAAAAUUCGGAAAGAACUUCGAUGCUUUGCGAUGUGCUAUUAUGUUAAAUGCUGUCCCUUUAAUGCUCCAAUUUCAUUCCAGACUGGAACAAAAACAAAUGGCAAUAUUAUUAGGUCGGCAUCAGAUUUUCCUUGAUCUCGAGGAGUUGGAAAAUAGCGAAAAGUUAAUGGAACUUAAUUCUAAUGCUAAUCUGCAUGCAUAUUUUCAUUCACUGGCACGGGAACUUGAUAUUAUGGAACCGAAAACUCCAGAAGGAAUUUAUAAAAGCCAUUUAGAACAAACUCGGCCAUUUGCUGGUACGACAUUACCAGAUAGUGUACGAUCAAAUUUGGCAGCAGCAUUUGUUAAUGGCUUUGUAAAUACUGGAUUUGGAGUAGACAAAAUGAUGACGGCAACGGAAGAUGCUAGUCGUUGGUUUUACAAAAAUAAAGAUUUUGGAUUGGUGUCAGCUGCUGCUAGCCAGGGUUUAGUUUGGCGGUGGGAUAUUGAUACGGGUUUGGCGCAAUGUGAUCGAUUUCUUUAUGUGAAUGAUGACUUCAUCAAGGCGGGCACACUUCUGGCAAUAGGUAUCAUAUCCUCUGGUAUCCAAGACACUUGCGAUCCAGCAGCUGCCCUUCUUAUGGAUCACAUAAAUAAUGAUCGUUCAGUUAUGCGAAUCGGUUCCAUUUUUGGUUUAGGCUUGGCGUAUGCUAAUUCAAAAAGAGCUACUGUUUUGAAAAAAGAAAAUGGUGGAGUUGUGUUUGAAAUUUUUUCAAUCCAAAACUCUUCAUUUAUUUUUUCAUCAGUGAAAGGAUUAGCUUCAUUAUCAAUUGGAUUCAUCUUGGUUGGUACUUGUGAUCAUAUCACAGCAUCUGAACUGUUCAGCUAUUUAAACGAAAAGUCAGCUGAAGAACUACAAGAUCCAAAUUAUCGUUUUGUCGCUCUUGGAAUCGCUUUAAUUUUUCUUGGUUCCCAACAAAAAAGUGAAGUAUUUGUUGAAAUUGUGAGGGCAUUGCCGGAUCCCUUUGGAACCAUGUUUUCUACCCUUAUAGAUGUAUGCGCCUACACUGGUACUGGAAAUGUAUUAAAAAUCCAGAAACUUCUUCACAUUUGUUCUGAACAUUAUGAGACAAAAGAAACAAAGGACGCAAAAAAGAAGGCAAAUAAAGAUGAUAAUAAGAAAGAGGGCGAUGUUUCAUCGGGGAGAGUUGAUUAUUCAUCGCAACAGGCAGUUGCUGUACUUGGUAUAGGUCUUAUCGCAAUGGGGGAAGAAAUUGGAGCACAGAUGAGUCUAAGAAUGUUUGGUCAUCUGAUCCGUUAUGGUGAACCAGUAAUUAGGCGUGCAGUCCCCUUGGCGCUAGCUUUAAUUAGCACAUCUAAUCCACAACUUCCAAUUUUAGAAUCUCUUUCAAAAUUUUCUCAUGACGCGGAUGCGGAAACAGCGCAUAAUGCAAUUUUUGCAAUGGGUUUGGUAGGAGCUGGUACUAAUAAUGCUAGACUUGUUUCUAUGCUACGACAACUUGCUAGCUAUCAUCAUAAAGAGCAAGUAAGUCUGAUGUUGGUUCGCUUGGCUCAGGGUCUGACACAUCUUGGCAAAGGAACAAUGACACUGAAUCCAUUUCACUCUGAUCGUCAACUUAUGUGUCCGGCAGCAAUUGCUGGGCUUGUUACUAUUUGCUUCGCCUUCUUAGAUGCAAACAAUUCUGUUCUGAAUAACCGUCAACAUUACCUGCUCUAUUCGCUAACACUGGCAAUACAACCUCGAUUAUUAAUAACUCUGAUGCAAGAUGAAACCAAUCCAGAUAACUUGAAACAAGUCAAUGUCAGUGUCCGUGUUGGUCAGGCUGUGGACGUUGUUGCGCAAGCUGGUAAGCCAAAGACAAUUACUGGCUUCCAGACGCAUACAACUCCAGUUUUAAUGGCUUAUGGAGAAAGAGCUGAGCUUGCUAAUGAAGAAUAUACUUCAUUAACGCCAUAUAUGGAAGGACUGGUAAUUCUCAAAAAGAAUCCGAAUUACGAUAAAGCUUCUGUGGAAAUAAAGAAAAUAUGA